GCAGCUCCUGGAGUGAUCUCCUAAAGCUGGAACAUCCCAAUGCCUACAGACUCUGUCCCAUGGCCAGCCACAGCAAAUGUCCAACAGCAGCUCCAUCAGCCACUUCCUCCUGCUGCCAUUGGCAGACACAUGGCGGCUGCAGCUCCUGCACUUCUGCCUCUUCCUGGGCAUCUCCCUGGCUGCCCUCCUGGGCAACGGCCUCAUCAUCAGCGCCGUAGCCUGCGGCCACCACCUGCACACCCCCAUGUUCUUCUUCCUGCUCAACCUGGCCCUCACUGACCUGGGCUGCAUCUGCACCACUGUGCCCAAAGCCAUGCACAAUUCCCUCUGGGACACCAGGUACAUCUCCUAUGCAGGAUGUGCUGCUCAGGUGUUUUUCUUUGCCUUUUUCAUUGCAGCAGAAUUUGCAUUCCUCACUGUCAUGUGCUAUGACCGCUAUGUGUCCAUCUGCAAACCCCUGCACUAUGGGACCCUCCUGGGCAGCAGAGCUUGUGCCCACAUGGCAGCAGCUGCCUGGGCCAGUGGCCUUCUCAAUGCUCUGCUGCACACGGCCAAUACAUUUUCUCUGCCCUUGUGCCAUGGCAAUGCCCUGGGCCAGUUCUUCUGUGAAAUCCCACACAUCCUCAAGCUUUCCUGCUCACACUCCAGCCUCAGGGAAGUUGGGCUUCUUGUGGUCACUUUCUGUUUAGCCUUUGGCUGUUUUGUGUUCAUUGUUUUCUCCUAUGUGCAGAUCUUCAGGGCUGUGCUGAGGAUCCCCUCUGAGCAGGGACGGCACAAAGCCUUUUCCACCUGCCUCCCUCACCUGGCUGUGGUCUCUCUGUUCCUCAGCACUGACACAUUUGUCUACCUGAAGCCCUCCUCCAUGUCAUCCCCAGCAAUGGACCUCAUGGUUUCAGUUCUGUACACGAUGUUGCCUCCGGUCCUGAACCCAUUCAUCUACAGUCUGAGGAACCAGGAGCUCAAGGAAGCUCUCAGGAAAGCCAUGACUGGAUGUUUUUCAGCCUUUUCAUCUUCCCAUAACAGCCCUCACUUUCGUUGGCAGUUAGAAAGGAGCUAG